UUGAAGGGCCUGCAUGGUUGUACCUUUUCAAAAACUCAACAAAUUUGUCCAUACGUUUGCUUAUAACAUGUAUCUUCUAUAGUGGGAAACAUUUGCAUUGACGCAUUUUGUGGACAUGCGUUUAACCGAACUACGAAUCUCAGUAUCUGGUCAUUACAAGGCAAUUCAAUACAAAUAUAGACAUCGUCCGUGUGAUCUUGAGAUUCAUUAAUUGAAUAUAACACAGUUGAAAGAAUCCUUGCAGUUUAACCAACCAAAAGCAUAAAUACAACUGCAGCUGUAGCUUGUGGUUUCACCUGAUUUUCUCCAUUGAUACGCCUGCUAGCGUUUCUGUAUGGUUUUGUUUGCAGAUUCUUUGAAUUGUCUGAUGAAAUUCAAAGAAAAUCUUCUCGGAUUGUUCUUCUCGUUGCUCGUCAACCAAAAUCCUCUUCAUCGUAGCUCUGGAAUAGCCGGCCUUGUUGCCAUGACAGCCAGUGGAAUUCUGGUCGAAGAUGAGUUGGUAUCGUUCCUCGGUCAUUUGCUCGCGAUAAUGCUUCAAGAUGACGAGAAAAUCGUGAGGCAUGAAACUAAACUAGCAUUGGCUUAUCUUUCUUCCCGAUAUUCUUUCUUGGUUCGUCGUCAUGUCAUAGGAAAGCUUGUGAAUAGACUUUCUGCGAUAGACGAUAUGCCGAUCCCGAAUGGAAUGAACAAAGUCCCCAUAAGCUCCUGUGUCACCCACGAAGACCUUAUUGACACUUUGACCAUAUUUUGUACCGAACAAGAAAAUAUUGCAUGUAUUUUACCCUGUUUGGUUGACAAUCUUACAAAGUUGUGUAAAGAUGAAAACUCCGCUCAUGAAACAAGCAUCGGCCGGCUAAUUGAUUGUUUGAUUGGAAUUCUUGAAGAUUCUCUAAAGAAAUCAUUCAGCGUUCUUGAUUAUUACAAAGAAGUUGUCUUCCUUCGCGUGUUAAAACUUGCCGUCACAAAUUCACUGGCAAAUGAGGAAUUCGUUUUCGCUUCGGCAGUACUUGAAACAUUUUCCAAAUUGCUGCGGAUAAUUUCGUCUAAGUUGCCUGAGCGUUGCUGUAAAGACAUCAUCUCCAUCGUGUUUGAAGUUUUGGUAGAUGCAAAAUUUGAUAAAAUCGACGAAGCAUUUGAUCAUGAUGUGUUGAACAUGUUGGAUACAUCGUCGCCGUGGCAACGCACACAAUUAGUCAUUCUGUUAAAAUCCGUAUUAUGCAACGUUCCCAAAAAGAUCGUGCAUCCUCGUACUCCAGAGUUGUAUUCACGCUUGCUUAACGUAACUGUGGAAUGUCGUCAUCGACUAACUAAUGUUGAAGCUUCGAAAUGCUUGGCUGGUCUAAUCAACAGAAUACAAGAUGAGAAUGAAGUCGAAGUGGAAGUAGGAAAGUGUCUUGAAAAGCUGGAUCCGUUGUUGGAAAAAGAUCGCACUGAAGACGAAAAGUGGAGAGCAACCAUUUCUCUCAUAUGGAUUUCUAAAGCGUUGCUGAUACGAGGUCAUAAUCUGGGGCUGAAACUCGUUGAUAAGUUGCUUAAGUUAUUCGACGAUCAAGUCAUUGGUCAAUGCGCUGCGGAUGGUUUUUACGUCAUCAUGUUGGAUUCUGAUGACGUAAUGGUCAAUGCGUCGUAUGCAAAUAUGAAGCUCAUGUACAAGCAGAGAAUAUUUGUUCAAGUUUCGCCCCUGCUUACUAAUCUAUUUCAUUCAAGUAGAAAAGAAACGAAGCAUCUCUAUCUAUGUGCUCUUUCUCACAACAUGAACGGGCUUCCAAAACAGGUGUUACUCAGCGAAAUACCAACGUUAUUUCCAUUACUGGUUCAAUCGUUGUCAUGUGACGAGAGCAGCAUCCAAUUGUCCACUCUGAAGACUUUUUAUUCCCUGACGCACGAGCUGCCCACAGUUUUAUCGCAGUAUGUGACGUCACUCGUACCCAGGUACUUACACUUGGCGAGGAAUGCACCAUCCUUGCAAAUGCGUUCUAUGUCUUUAAAAUGUCUCGGUGUUUUGACUGUCCUACCUUAUCACGAAACAUGCGUAUCUGGGGCUUAAAUCUCGCUUUCUAGCUUAUCGUCGUAAAUGAAGUUUUUUGAGGGCUGCGCGCGGAAAGAUUGGGACCAGUUGAAUUGUUGGCUUCAAAUUUUGGCGUGAGUUGUAUCCGUAAAAAAACCAAAUUAUCAAGUCGUUAUCAAAAUGUUUGGACGAUCCCAAAAGAUUAGUGAGGAAAGAGGCAGUGCUGUGUAGAAAUGAAUGACCUUUGGAAAAUCUCUACAAACACGUUAUAUCAAGACAGUAUUUACGUUGUUCGCAUCGUGUGCUUAUAUUGCAUCUUGAAAAACUGUUUAAAAAAAAGAUCAACCUGAUGGAAGAACAAGAGUUGCAGUUUUUCUGUGAAAAUAAAUUCGUUAAUAGUGCAAGCUCAUUGAAGCAAUUGUAUGUCGUGAAUUGGGGAUUAAAGUAUUUACCAAUAUGUUUUCAAUAUCGCGUAUAUUCAACGCCCAACGUCAUUCAGAAGGAUAUUUCGACUAGUUUCUAUUCUCCAUUGACGCAAGAACCAUCGUUCAGAACGAUAUUUCAACUGUUCAUUCUCCAUUGAUGCAAGAUACCAUUAUUCAAAUGGAUAUUUCAACUAGUGUCCAUUCUCCAUUGACACAAAAUUCCAUUAUUCAGAAGGAUAUUUCAACUAGUGUCCAUUCUCCAUUGGCGCAAGAUACCAUCGUUCAGAACGAUAUUUCAACUGUUCAUUCUCCAUUGACGCAAGAUUCCAUUAUUCAGAAGGAUACUUCUACUAGUGUCCCUUCUCCAUUGACGCAAGAUACAUGGUUGUGAUGAUUGUUCAAGGAAACUGAUUUUCCUGGUAUGCAAGGGUUUUCCUUUGACAUUAAUGUAGUCAUUUAUCUUUCCUUACAUGAAUUUCCACCAGAAA